AUGUCGCUAAAUACGGUACUAAUUAUGGUGAUGGUGGUGACGGUGGGUGUUGUUUAUCCGGAUGAGGUUCUCGGUCUAAGUCGGGAGGAUAUGAUAAGUGCUUUGCUUGAAGUGGUUGAUCACAAUCGGAUUCCGGAGUUGCUCGAAACCGCGCUCAGACAGCAGCCGGAAAGGAACUUGACGAAAUGUGAUUUACAACUGCAGGCCGUUGUUGACAGUAUGAGAAAUUCUAGCACUGGUUUAUGGGUUUUUAUUUUUGCUUAUUUUAAAGUGUUCGAUGCAUGGGGUAAGUUUCCUUCCGGCAUAAUGGAGGGGAAUUUCUAUGAUCUUGGAAGUUACGAAGAGUGCCGAAAGUUUGCUCACCACGAUGAGAGACUGGAAACAAUUAGCCAAAUUCGAGGCCGGUACUGUCUGCUUUCUAUUCCGUUGAAAAUGACUUUAGGCCGGCGGCAAGCCGCUAACAAUACGAUACAAUUAAAUGUAAGAGGAUUACCCAGUGCAUCACAGCAACUAGCACUGAUGAUCGGAACAUGUUUUCCGGACAGCUGUGAUGAUGAGUUAUUAAAUGCUUUUUUGAACGACACCUUCUCAAUGUUGCUGAAUUCCACCGGCGCACGCUUCACGUGUGACGCACAUUUGGCCGAUAUUGGUGCAACGGAAAUAGUGGCUAUAACGAUUUUCAGCCUAAUAGUGGGCCUAGUUGUGUUCUGCACCAUCUACGAAGUGUACUCGGUUGUGAUGGCCAGCCAAGAACCGUGCCGAACGUUGAUAAUCUUCUCAAUGUACAGCAACGGAAUCAAGCUAUUUCAGAUGGUCCGUCGGCCGGUUGCAGCCGCUGGCAGUCAAAAAUCUGACGUAAUCGAUUGUCUCAAUGGCAUUCGUGUGAUUUCGAUGGCCUGGAUCAUAUUCAGUCAUAAUUACUUGAUGUUAAUGAUGUCCCCUCUGAAUAACAAGUUAGCGAUCUAUGACUGGGUGACCUCCUACCACAGCAUGCUGGUUCUGGCUUCAACCGUUUCGGUGGAUUCAUUCUUUUUGCUUAGCGGUUUGCUCGUUUGUUGCAGCCUUCUACGGGAGUUGGAUAAAAAUCGGAAGCUAAACUUACCGCUGAUGUAUCUCCAUCGAUAUCUUCGCUUGACGCCUGCCUUCGCGGCACUGAUUUUGCUAACCGUUAGUUUUAUGAAAUAUCUCGGAUCAGGACCAUUCUGGAAUAGCACGUUAAAUCUGCUGAGUGGUUCAUGUGAAACUUACUGGUGGUCCGCUCUACUGUAUUUGCAGAAUUACGUCAAUCCGAAGAAAAUUUGUUUAGGCAAUACGUGGUAUCUUUCGGUGGAUAUGCAGCUGUUCCUCCUAUCACCGCUGAUAGUUUACCCUCUUUGGCGGUGGGGCCGAAAAGUACUGCUGGUGAUUGCAGGUUUGAUUUUGCUGGCUAUGGGUAGCGUAAUGGCGAUUUUUUUGGUGGAAAAAAUUCGGUUGGCUUUUGUAGCAGCAGGUUCAGGAGGACCUGAUCGGAUGACUCUCACAUACUAUCCCACGCAUACUCGGAUGGGAGCCUGGCUGAUCGGAGUCAUUCUCGGAUAUGUGCUACAUACAACAAAGAAUCGACGAGUUACAAUGGCUCCGGUGACCGUGGUCUUCGGAUGGGUUUUAUCGCUGAGCAUGAUGUUGGCUAUCAUAUUCGGAGAUUAUCCUUUGCAGCAACCGAAAACUUAUAUGAAUCUUCCACUAAGCGUGAAUGCCAUUUACGAGGGCACGAAUCGAGUGGUUUGGGCCUGCUGCUUGGGGUGGAUCGUGUUUGCCUGCGUUAAUGGUUACGGAGGCCCGGUGAACACUUUACUCAGUCUAACGAUUUGGCAGCCACUUGGACGGCUGUCCUACAGUAUGUACCUCCUGCAUUUACCACUACAAGCGUUGCUGACCGCAAGUCUGAAAAAUUCUAUACACUUCGGGGACAUGAUUGCGGUGCACAAGUUCUGGGGAGAUUUUGGUUUGACGGUCACACUUGCCAUUGUGUGGAGUUUGCUGUUCGAGUCACCGAUCGUUGGAUUGGAGAAGAUAUUAUUUGGUUUCCUACGAAAAACGGAGGAAUCACGUAAGCUUCCGGUGGUAGAGGAAAACUCUUCAAAUGAUGCUAGUAAUUCGACGGCUUCGUUAAAUGCAAGACAAACAGUGUGA